ACUGAGGCAGUGACGGGGAGAGGGAGAGAAAAACUAGAGGCAGAGACAAGAAGACCUUCACACAAAACGGUCAAAUCUGGGAGCGCAAGGCAGCGGGACAGAGAAAGAGAGGACAAGGACAGAAACGGAAAAAGACUCAAGGCAAGCUGCGCACUGAGAGCUGAGAGGAGCACGGAGUGGGGCAGACACCGUCACAGGGAUGUGAGAAAAGAGGAGUCUGCAAGAUUUCUGACUCAUUCUGAUUCAGUGACUGAGAAGAAAGGUAAAGAUAGCAAAAGAAGUGACAAGGAUCGUGGCUGUAUAAUAUUUUAGAUGCAACUCAAGCUUUUAACAAAUUACAAUUUGAUGGAGGAAAAAAAACCUGCAGUGGACUGCUGUGCUCUCACACCUCUCUGCACGUUCCCACACAUUUAAACUGCAGCUGUGCUGAAGGAAUAUUGAUGAGCCUAAUGAUUAACAACCCAUGGACACAAUGACCACCUUCUCCUCUGCCUCUCCUCUCCCCUUAGCUUUAUCUAACUCCUCUCUUCCUAUCUCUGCUACAUCCCUACCCGCUUCAAUGUCAUCCUCCUUUUCUGCCACCUCUCCUUUCUCCAUCUCCAACUCUUCCUCCCCGAACCAGAACUGUUCGUUUGAUGAUAAGGCCCUCCGUAUGCCGCUGGCAGUCCUAUAUUCCAUAUUCUUCAUCUUUGGGCUCAUAGGCAACCUCUUCGCCCUCUGGGUGUUCCUUUUCCUGCCUUCAAGCCGCAACUCUGUGCGGGUCUUCCUCAUCAACUGCGCUGUGGCUGAUCUGGUCCUCCUGGCAUGUCUGCCCUUCAGGGUUUUCUACCAUGUUAAUGGAAACAAGUGGGUGCUGGGAUCUGUGGCCUGCAAGAUGGUGGGGAAUCUUUUUUACAUGAACAUGUACAUCAGUAUUACACUUCUGGGGUUCAUCAGUUUGGACAGAUACUUGAAGUUACAAGGAAAAGGCAGAACACGGCGAGGCAUGGAGUUGACGCUGUUUGGGCAAAGCUGGCCGUGGAGCUGGGUGGCAUGCGGGGCUCUGUGGGGUCUGUCACUGGUGGGACUGGUGCCCAUGAUCUUCAUGGCUGAGGACAAAGACUUCACUGACAAAUGCUUCCAGUACAAGCAGCGUAAAAGCAAAGCCAAAGGGAAAGCCUACUUCAACGGCGUACUGGUGAUGUUUUUCUGGCUCAUCUUCAUCAUGAUAGUGGUCUCCUACGCUAAGAUUGCAUGCCAAUUGCUUAAGGUGUCAAGGGACAAGCCAGACCUUCCCAACGCACAGAGAUACGGACGGACCGCCAAGAAGUCCUUCUUUGUCCUGUUCUUGUUCACCAUCUGCUUCGGGCCCUACCACGCCUUCCGCCCUGUCUACAUCGCCUCCCAGCUCAGCAGUGCAUCUUGCGACUACUUGCAACUGGUGGACCGUACCAAUGAGGUGAUGCUGUUAUUCUCUGCCUUCAAUAGCUGUUUGGAUCCAGUCAUGUACUUUCUGUUGUCUGGCUCAGUGCGCAAAAUUGCCCUCCAAACACUUGGACACCGAUUUGGCAACCGGUUUCCGUUCCUGAACGACGCAACAUCCAACAGCUCUUUACCCAUCACCCCCUCAGCCACCCCCAGAACAAGUAUCUGCAUCAUCAACUCCACCCUCCGCCGCACAGGACUGAAUACGCUUCAACCUACUCAACAAACAGUGAUCACAAAUAAUGCACCGGAGAAAUAAAUAUCUGAUAUUUCUAACGGGGCCAAACUAGUUGGCCAAUUCUCUUUAAAACUGAGCAAAGCAUUUUUACUACUUCUGUUAAAAAGAAAGUGUGUGUGUGAUUUUAAUGCCUGACUGAAAAUACCGUGAUGUGUGGGGAUGAGCUCCAGUGACUAAUAUGACCGGUACUUUUCUGUAUAUAGCACGUGUGUUUCCCAUCAGAGAGAUAAAUGUGUAUAUUAGUAACAAUAAAUUGACUGUAUCUUUGAAA